AUGCUCGGAGCGCGACGAAACGAUGGUGAUGACGCCGGACGAUCGUCGUACGACGCGUUGGCGCGCUUGGCGUCGAGCUCGAGACCGAGUUCGCCGGGAGGGACGUCGACGGCGUCGAGGGCGCGGACGGAGCGCGGGACGAGAGAAGUGAGACGAGAGAUUGAUUAUAAGAAUGGAUCGAGCGCGCGAACGUCGAUACGGGCGGGAGAUGUCGUGGCGUUCGUGACGCCGGAUGAGGGGAAACCGUACGUUGCGGUGGGGGAGCGAGACGAGGCGAGGGAUGGGGAGGUGCGAUGGCGGUUUGAAGCGGACGCGGACGGCGUCGGGAGCGCGCAGGCGCUGAGGGAACGACAGGAGACGCACUUGGAGGUGUUGAUGCAUAAUGGAUUCAUUGGAUUCCGAUCGUUCGCGGCUAAGGAGCGCUUACUGCAGGCGACGAGGCACGGGAGGCAACGCUUGGGGUUCGCGAGCGUGAAUUUCGGCACGUGGGAGGAGUGGAUCUUGGACGACGCUGAACGCAGGCGACUGAACGAUUCGGCGUGGACGAGGUGCGAGAUCACGCUCAAACAUCGACGAUUGGAGGCGUACAGAUUGCACGUCACCAUUGUGCGCGUCGGAAAAGUCGUGAGCUCGAGCACCGUUGUCGAGGAAGUCGAGAAGGAUGACGUCAAGAGCGUGUCGCGUCACAGCACCCCGCGAGGGGCGCUCACCGCGGUGGAUCGCUUCCGCGUCGCGCGCGAGCCCGCAGAGGAACCACGGGUGCGACCGCACGCCAUGCACGUCAUGGGUGGUGCGAUGAUGAAGGAGUGGGCGGCCGCUCUGGAGAAGGAAGUCGCCGCUCGUCGAAUCAUCGAACAGGAGCUUCACGAGCUCCAUCAGGCGGAUGAUCAAUUGCGAGAGUGGGCGCUCACUGAGCUCAACCGUUUACGGCAAUUUGCACAGUCCGAGGUCGAUUCCCUCGCGAACGAGGUGGAGGAACGAAAUAAGAAGAUGGCAGAGAUGAAGCAACAGCGUCGCGCUCUCGAGCUUCGAUCGAAAAUGCUCGAAAAUCUUGACGAAGAGCGUUUGAACUCCAUCGUCGACACGUUUCGGCGAGUGCAAUGUGGUAGCCUACUGCGCCGGACGUUUGCGCAGUGGCGACACGUGAGCGGCGCUGGGUCGGGAAUGUUGAAGAGCAAGGCGAUCGAGCACGCGUUUUCAAAAUAUCACGCGUCAGGACAGCGAAAGUAUUUGUUGAAGAGGGUAAUGACGGCUUGGAGGGCGAAUGCGGCGCAGGAGAAGCGCGUUCGACGUUUGCUCAGCUCUGUUCUCAAUCGAUACUGUUUCGUCGCGUUCAGAACGUGGGCGAACGAGUAUCGUUCGGGAAAACUUCGGCGAGAGGUCAAGGAGCGCGUCGCACCGAGUCGACGGAUCGGUGUGCACUUGGACAACGCGCUCAUCACUGGCUUUCAAACGCGUGCAGAAUUAAAGUAUCAUCAUCUGCGUAGAGCUAUCAUCGAUCACGCGCGCAGGAUUCCGGGCGUUCGCGUCGAUCUCGUCAGCGCAGCCUUUGAAGGUGGACGAGAGACAGAAAAUGCGGCGACGUACAUGCUCUCCGAUUCUCUCAGCGAUCCUCUGGGUUCUAUCAAUCUCGCGAGAGAGGCGGCGUUGCGACGCGCUGGCGUCGAGAGCAUCGGCGAUGUGACGCACGCGUUCGACCAGGGUGUGGCGGCCGCGUCUAGGAUGAUUCAAGCACGUCUCAAUUACGUGUAUACGCACGCGGACACGAUUCCCGAAGCGAUCUGGUUGAUAAAGGCGUAUGAUAUCGGUGAAAGUGUCGAGAACGCCGCCAAGCAAAAUCGGGCGAUGUCGCGAGGCAAGCUCCUCGUCGAUGUUUCUAAGAUGCCGACGAAGGCUGGACGCGUAAUUUUAGGUGCGUUCUAUCGAGGAAACUAUGCGCGCGAUUACGCUCUUGAAAGAAGAGCAAGUUUCGCGAAGUAUGAAGAUGCCUUCGAAGCUGGUAUGGCGGCUGGGUCGGGUCAGUACAAGCGCCAGGAGUUCACUUCUCAGGCGCGCUCGGCCGUCGAACUCGAUGCGAUCUGUGUUGCUUUCGAUGGCGGUGUCGCGAAUGCCUGUUACGCCACGAACACGAAUCCGUUCACUCGGGUCCAGGCCAUCGUGGACUCAAACGACAGCGUGAGCUGGUUGCGAGAAACGCUCAUGACCACCGUGGAAGUCGCUUCCGGCAACGUCCUCACGACGAAUAAUGAGUUUCUCUUGCACAAGAUCCUUCAUCCUCUUAGCAAGGACAUGAUGCGCGUGUCCUUCAAGGCUUGGCUCAAGACUCAUCGCGAAGUAAAGGAAUCGAAUCUCCUCGUAGCGCGCUUCUCGGCGCGCAGAGAUCGCCGCUCGAAGAAGGAAACUCUGUUCGCCUGGCGAAACAUCGCCACCGCGCUCAAGAAGAGACACAUAGUUCUUCGGCGAAUCGGUUUGAGGAUCAAGAAUGUCACCUUGAGCAGCGCCUUUCAAACGUGGGCGGAUAACGCCGAUACAAUCGCCAGUCAACGCGUGAUUCUGACUCGCUACGUGCACCGCAUGAAGAGUAGACUGCUCUACGCGACGUUUAAGGCAUGGGCGGAAGUCUCCACGAAGGACGAUCGCCUCGAGAAGAUGACUCACAUGAUACUCGCUCGUAUUAAACGAUUCGAGCUCAUCAAGGCUUUCUCCGCGUGGGUUGAUCACGCGCAGAGUGCGAUUGCGAAUCGCGAAAAGGCAGAGAGAUUCAUAUUACGCUUCCGCAACCGCACGCUCGCCAUGAGCCUGCGGGCUUGGCGAGAGAACACCGAGGAGAUGAAGACACAUCGUAUGAAGAUUCGAAAGGUAGUCGUCCGCGCGCAAAAUCGCAUGCUCGCGGCGUGUUUUUAUCAGUGGAGCAAUUUGAUGUCCGAGAAGAAGCGUCGUAGCGUCCUCUUAGAACGUAUGGCUCUGCGCCUGAACAUGCGCUUAUUGGUCAGGUCAUGGAACAAGUGGGGUGAGUACGUGGUCAACGAAAAGCGCCGAAACAACGUUCUUGGCAAGGUGUACUCGCGUAUUCGAAACACCGAAUUGGCCAACGCUUUCACGCGUUGGCGCGAAUUCGCGGAGGAGUCGUACGAUGCCAAGAUGCAACUGCGCAAAAUUGUCAGUCGCAUGCUUCGUUUGCGUCUCUCGCAAGCCCUCGGGCGCUGGCGAGAAAACACGAUAGAGUCGCAGCGACAACGCGCGCUACUCGCUCGAGUCGCCACGCGCAUUCGUAACCGAUGCGUUGCGCAGUGCUUCAACGCGUGGUGCGACACGGUGAACGACAACAAGAUCGAGGCGCAGGCGUCCGCGUACCGACAAAGACUCGUCAAUAAUCUGUGCUUGCGAAUCAACCGAGCGACGCUCAGAGAGGCGUUCAAAAAGUGGUGGCGCGUGGUCGAGGAGCGCGAGAUGCAUCGCGAGAUGAUUCGAAAAGUCCUCCGCGCGAAGCGCGUCGCGAUGAACUUCUUCAUGACGUGGUACUGGGACGCCUUUGACGGCGACAUCCAGGAUACCAUGGCGGACAUGUUCGGAAGCACGCGAGCGUACAUGACCGAAGCCUUCGACGGCGCCGACGUCGCCCGAGAGGCGCUCGACUUUGUGCGCUAUUACGACAACGACUCAUUCGAAGGGGAUGAAGGCCGAGAGGAAUUCACCGCCGGAGGAUCGCCGCCGCCGCCCGAAUGGACCAACGACGACGACUUCGUCACGCCGAGCGCGACGCCGAGCAAAUCCGCGAGACCGAGCCCGCGCGAAGGAUUCGUUCCGUAG